AGUAUUUGUAUAAAAAAAGAACAAGGACAUUAACAUUUUGACAAUUGAAACUAGACAAAUUUAAAGUCUCUUUAUUUCAAGUUUAUCGGAUACCGGUAUUUUCAUAAUAUAAAUUUGGAACAAAAAGAUGUAAAUAGACGGAUAAUCGGUUUAAUAAAAUGUUAUGCAUGUAACUAGGGGAAUACGAUACAAAACUACAAGGUAAAGAAAAAGUAGGCACACUAGAAAAAGUCAGGUUGACUUACACAUGAGAUAGGACAUGUAAGACAAGAUUUUACGACUUAUAAAAAACAAACGGGCAAACGAGAUACAAAAAAAUACGACGUGCAUAAAAAACGACACAUGAGAUAAGAAAUAUAUGGCGUUCAAAAAGAUAGGCAACUACUACAUAGGAGCCUUAAAUACGAAAAUAACGAUACAUAAAAAGACAAGCGCGUGAGAUACGAAUAUAUCAUCAGAAAAAGUCAGGCUCAUGAUAUAUGGAAAAUGUGACGUAAUUCAAGGCAGACACAUAAAUAAAGAGAACAAUAAUUUCAAAACCAGCGCAUAAAAUACAUAAACUCCAGUGUACACAUAAAAUAAAAAAACAGCAACGACGUACAUUUAGACAUGCGCAUCAAAUACGAAAACUACGACGUACAAAAAGGCAGUCUGACAUGUGAACAAAGGCAGUCACAUGAACAAAGGCAGUACUAUGAACAACUACGUACAAAAAGGCAGACACAUAAAAGACGCAGUUAAUACGUAAAAAUGGAUUGUACUUACUUAAAACUAAGAUGUAAUAAAUGGAAGAAAUUUAAAACACUGGAUAUCUUAAAGCAUUCAUGUUGGCACGUGUUUGGUAAGGUAUCCAUUAUCAACACUACCACGUUGCUUUUGUUGUUGAUCCUGUACUUCAGCAUGUUUGAUGGAAUACCGAAAGAAGAUUUUAUAGAACCUGCCUUUAUACCAAACGAUAACACCAAAGAACUUUCGUUUAUGUGCAACGAAACUUUUAACAGUUCUUUAGAGGAAAAUUUAGAUGUUAUUCAGAAUUACCCGCGCGGAAUAGCAGACGACUACCUCUGGAAAGUGGGAGUGAACAUGUCCGAACCAUACCGAAUGAAAGAGUUUCCAGUUUUCGCGACUGCAAUUGACCGGAAGUACUACCCACAAUCACAGGGUCUAUUUCAUUCUCUUCAUAAGAGAUUUCUUGAAAAUCCAAAGUAUGCAAAAAACGUGAAAAUUAUUGUGUAUGACCUCGGUAUGACGUCACGUCAGCUUCGAAUGGUAUUGAAACACUGCAAAUGUGAAAUAAGGAGAUUCCCGUUUGACCAGUUUCCACCUCACGUGAAAGUAUUACAUACUUACGCAUUUAAACCGAUUAUUGUACAGCAAUUACUAAUGGAGUUUGGUUUUGUAUGGUGGAUGGACAGUUCUGUCAGAUUCACGACCAACGAUAUAGAUUCUGCUGUAAUGUAUACCAAGAAAUAUAGUAUGCUGUACACAGUUUCCACCUCGGACAGAGUUGAACUUAGUUUGACAAAGCAAACAGACGGACGAACAUUCAAGUUCUUAGGUGAAGAUCGCUGCAAAUUUAGACCAUUUGGAGAAACGUGGGCUACAACGGUCAUGUUUCAUUAUGACCGGAUGUCACGUGCUGUUGUUCAAGCGUGGGCGACAUGCGCAUUGAAUCAAGAUUGCAUUGCGCCAACCGGAAGUUUAGAAAAAAUAUUAUGUCAUAUGGAACAGACUUUCGAUGGACGGUGCCAUCGUUUUGACCAAUCAGUGCUUAGUAUCAUUACGCGAAGAUUAUUCCAUGAGCAAAACGUUUAUCCACUGGACAAAACUUUGAAUGAUAUUUACGUUAUAAAACGCGGAGAUAUUGUGCCGUAUUUUGAAUCAUGUAGACCGAUUAUUAAAUGCAUUCUGUAAAUAAUAUUUUAAAGAUACGUAUUUAUAAUGUAAAUAUUCAAUAUUUAUUAUGCUUAAUAAUGUUUAUUAUUUCGUAUAGAA